AUGGGUAUCGAUUUGAAGGCCGGCGGCAAGAGUAAGAAGACUAAGAGAACAGCUCCAAAGUCUGAUGAUAUCUACCUCAAGCUCAUCGUCAAGUUGUAUCGGUUUUUGGUGAGGAGGACUGGCAGCAAGUUCAAUGCGGUGAUACUGAAGAGACUCUUCAUGAGCAAGAUCAACAAACCUCCUCUUUCUCUCUCUCGUCUGAUCACUUUCAUGAAGGGCAAGGAGGAUAAGAUUGCAGUGGUUGUGGGGACUAUAACUGAUGAUAUUAGGGUUUAUGAGGUCCCUUCUAUCAAAGUGACUGCCUUGAGGUUCACCGAAACUGCUAGAGCUAGGAUUGAGAAGGCUGGUGGUGAAUGCUUGACUUUUGACCAACUUGCUCUUCGCGCUCCUCUUGGUCAGAACACGGUUCUUCUCAGAGGUCCCAAGAAUGCUCGUGAGGCUGUGAAGCACUUUGGACCAGCUCCUGGUGUGCCACAUAGCCACACCAAACCCUAUGUUCGAUCAAAGGGAAGAAAAUUUGAGAAGGCUAGAGGUAGAAGAAACAGCAAGGGAUUUAGGGUUUGA